AAACCCACACCCAAUGCUACACACAACCGGUCCAUGUAUUAAAAUAUAUUUUCCUCACAUGGGUUCCCCUCCAUCCCUUCAUCCACUUAUUCUUAUUUGCGUAACCAAACACACACCGAAAAUAAUACCCAAAUUUGUUCCAUCCCAAUUUCCAGCACCUUCUUCCUUCUUUCUUUUUCCUUUUUUUUUUUUUUAGUUUUUCUGGAGAACGACCUGGGUUCUUGGAGAACCCAGACCUAGGUUCUUCUCAGAGAACCCAGAUCGGGUUCUUGUUCUCCGGGUUCUCCAUUUCUCUCGACUUCUCUUGGUAAAAACACUUGCUCAGCUUCAUGCUCAGCCUCCUUUCCUACAGCUUCUGGUUUUCCUGCAGGUAGAGUAAGGGAUGAGCGUGCUUUGGGUUGUCUAAAACUGGAAACCCACAAAACCCAAGUGGUCUCGACCCUAGCUUUUCCGACAUGGGUGAGGACGGAAUGAAGGUGAAGACAGGAUCUAUGGUAGUUCAGUUAAUUUUUGGUGUAUCGAUAGCGAUUGGCAGUGUUUUGAUCUUGGUGUAGCUAUUUUGGAAAAAAUGGAGGUUGAAUUGGCCUUCAUGACUAGGGAGUUCAAAGGAGAUAACCCAGAUUUGGAGAAAUGGAGGUUGGAUUUGGAGAAAUGGAAGUCCAGGAAGGCCGAUUGAAAUGGUUUCACCAUAUUGGGACGAGUCUGUAGAGCUUGGAGGGAUUGAAAUGGAGGACGGAUUUGGAGAAAUGGAGGUUGGGGAAGGCCGAUUGAAUUGCCUUCAAGACUAGGGAUUUCAAAGGAGAUAACCCAGACAAGCCAAGGAUGAGUUUUUUGCGCUAUACAAACGUAUUUA